AUGUGGAGGCGAUUUGUGGGAGCUACCAAGGAUGAUCAUGCUGAUGAGAAUAAGUUGCACAGCCUGAUCCACUCUGUGGACUUGCGUCCGCUGAUUGAUCCACCGCUGUCUCCAUAUUCUUUUGGAAACAUUUAUGGUAAUUCCUUGACUGCUCCCUUCUUAAGUAGUGGGGAUGAUGAUGAUGGUGAUCAAGAAUCUUCUUAUGGCAUGGUAAGGCGGGUACGAGAAGCAAUAAGCAAGAUUGACAAGGACUUCGUGAAAAGACUACAACAUGGUGAUGAGCAGCUGAGUUUGAUCGGCCGGCUUGCUCAAAGCGCUAGCAAAGGGGAGGUGGUUACUUCUUACCACAGUAGUUUGUGCCAAUUUCCUCUCUAUGAUAAUGAUUUUGGUUGGGGAAGACCUAUAUGGGUGAGCUUACCACCACUGCCCGUGAAGGACAUAAUAGUUUUCCUCGACACCAAGGAGCCUGGUGGAGUAGAGGCAUACGUUAGCCUUGCCAAGGAAGUCAUGACUAAAUUUGAAAGUGACACCUACCUCCGACGAAGGGUGGGCACGGGUCGGGUCGGUUCUGCAAGUUCAUGCUUAAUUCAUCAACCAGCCCGAUUCAAUCAAGUUGUAACAUUUCACACCCGAAAUCAAGCAAGUGUUAUUAGGAAACCAACCCAAACCAAACUAAUGAAGCUGGGGUCAGGUUCAGUUUGUUCGGUUUGCUUCUGA